AUGGGAUGCGUUCAUCCACGAGGAGAGAGCGCGAUUGUUGCAUCUUCAUUAGGCUUAAGUCCCAAAGUGGACAGUGAGCGGCUGAUUGCAAUAAUUCCACUAUUGACGAAAGAGCAUGUACAAGCUGUAUGUAAGGCAAUUACCAAGUCUUGUGAAGAUGCCAGGCAAAGUAUAAGAAGGGCUUGCCAAAAUGCAAUUGAUACAUUAAAGAAAUUAUAUUCACAUGCCCCCAAGGAUGAUUUGAAGAAAUUAGAGAAAGAGGUUGAUGAGUUGACCAAAAAAUUUGUCAAGUCCGCAGAAGAUAUGUGCAAGUCGGAGGAAAAAGAGAUCACUGGAGGCUGA